CUUGGUUUUGUUGGUAAAUGAGAAAAAUGACAAGUUUUUGGUGAACCCCACUACUCUGCACGUGGCAAGAUUACCGAAUUCGCCUCUAGCUUUGAAGAGUAAAUAUAGCUCUACCAUGCAUGGAUUCGGGUAUGAUAGUUUUAUUGAUGAUUAUAAGGUUGUCGCGCUUUCUUACUAUGAUGGUGACACUGAGUACGAGCCCGAUUGCGUCGAUAGGUUUGUAGAUGUGUAUUGCGUGAGAAGGGGUUUUUGGAAAAGGGUUGAGAGUUCUCCUUAUGACCAUUCUGCCCCUGUAACUCCGUCUGGGGCUUAUCUGAACGGAGCUGUUCAUUGGUUGGCCGGUAGUAGAGAAUCAGGUCAUGCGUCUGUAAUCGCUGCUUUCGAUUUGAUUAAUGAGGUGUUUACUAAAAUUCCUGCUCCGAACAAGAGUUUUGAGUACAGUACACUUGAGAUAUUCGGUGGUUGUCUUUGUAUGAUUGUUGAUCGAAUGGAUAUGCGUACGGAUAUUUGGGUUAUGAAAGAGUACGGUUUGGCAGAUUCUUGGAUCAAAUACACUAUUGGUUGUGGUUACGAUUACGAUAUUUUAAACCCUUUAUGUUAUAUUUGGGAUGAGGGAGUUGUGUGGAUGACCUACGAUGGAAGAUUGGCUAUCUGCAAUCCGAAAGACGAGACUUUUAAAGACAUGAUUGUUGAUGGAGUUCCGGCCAUGUUUACGGAUGGAUGCGUCUUUGUAGAGAGCCUCGUCUCUCCUUGUUUAUGAUAUGUCUUAUUAAAACAGGUUGAAUGAAUGUAUUGUUUUGGGAUUUAAUGUUAUGCUCAAGAAAUUUAUGGAUUACUAAUAUGGAUAUAUAUACUAUGAUCUUGGU